CGUUUUCGGAGCCGGGUCCAGGAACCGCGGCCUCGAGUCCGUGCGCCUCAGUCACGUCAGGAGACCGUGGACAGGUGGGCUCCGCAGGGCAAAGCCGUGACCCCGAAAACCAUACUUUCAGCCCACGCUUUCCUCGAGGCCACGCCCGCUCCCGACCCAGGCCUGCCCACAACCCCACCUGGGAUUUAAGUCCUCGCUCCACAGCCCGCAACCCAAAACUCGGGGUCUCCACAAACUUCCGGCAGCUGGCACCUCCGGACGCGGGAAUUGCCCACUGCGCGUGCGCUCGCGCUCCCGGCGUCUCCACCCUCUCCCUCGCUCCCCUCCCCAGCCCUGCGCCCCUUCCCCCUGCAGCCGGCACUUGGUACGGCCGGGCGGUUGGCGUCCUCCGCGGCCGCGGCCAGGGGCGGGAUUUUCAAAUCUGCGGUUUGGAGGAGUGGAGCCGGCCCCGGCUCUGGUGCUGGAGAUGGAGGAGCAGACACGAGUCGGUGUGGCGGGGCUCGGCGCCCCUCAGGACUGCAGCAUUCAAGAAAAGAUAGACUUAGAGAUCCGAAUGCGAGAAGGAAUACUGAAACUCCUUUCCCUGAGCACUCAGAAGGAUCAGCUUUUACUCGCCGUUAAGAACCUCAUGGUGUGCAAUGCCCGGAUAUUGGCUUACACCUCAGAGCUGCAGAAACUGGAAGAGCAGAGUGCAAAAGGAACUGGAAGGUGGGAUGCCAAUUCUCAAAAUAAAGAACGAACAGCGUGUAAAGGGAAGAUCGCCAUUUCAGAUAUUCGAAUACCACUAAUGUGGAAAGACUCUGAUCACUUCAGCAAUAAAGAAGGAUCACAGCGAUAUGCCAUUUUUUGUUUGUUUAAAAUGGGAGCUGAAGUUUUUGAUACGGACAUGGUGAUGGUGGAUAAAACAAUUACAGAUAUAUGUUUUGAAAAUGUAACCAUUUUCAAUGAGGCAGGGCCAGACUUUCAGAUAAAGGUGCAAGUGUAUAGCUGCUGUGCAGAAGACUCUUCCAUCGCCAACACACCUAGGAAGCUAGCCAAGAAACUGAAGACAUCCAUAAGCAAAGCUACAGGGAAGAAAAUCAGCUCAGUGCUCCAAGAGGAUGAUCCUGAAAAGUGCUUGCUCUUCAGCUCUGCUGUCUCUGGCACAAAGUACAAUUUGCUAGCCCAUACUACUCUAACGUUGGAAAGCGCAGAGCACAGCUUCAAGACUCAUAAUCUGUCUAUUAAUGGGAACGAGGAGUCCUCAUUCUGGCUUCCCCUCUAUGGCAACAUGUGCUGCCGAUUAGUCGCCCAGCCAGCUUGUAUGGCUCAAGAUGCCUUUGCAGGAUUUCUUAAUCAGCAGCAAGUGGUGGAAGGUCUGCCUAGUUGGAGAAGGUUAUAUUGUGUUUUGAGAGGUGGAAAGCUGCGUUGCUUUUACAGUCCAGAAGAAAUCGAAGCUAAAGUGGAACCAACUUUGAUAGUGCCUAUUAACAAGGAAACCAGAAUUCGAGUCAUGGAUAAAGAUGCCAAGAAAAGAAUGCAUAGUUUCUCUGUGAUCAACCCAGUUUCUGGACAAGCCGUCACUCAGAUUUUUACAGUUGACGAUAGAGAAGAUCUUCAGAAGUGGAUGGAAGCCUUCUGGCAGCAUUUCUUUGACUUUAGCCAGUGGAAGCACUGUUGUGAAGAACUUAUGAAAAUUGAGAUUAUGUCACCACGGAAACCACCUUUGUUCUUGACAAAAGAGGCGACCUCAGUCUACUAUGAUAUGAGCAUUGAUUCACCCAUGAAAAUUGAAAGUUUAACUGAUAUAAUACAAAAAAAAAUUGAGGAGACAAAUGGACAAUUCCUUAUUGGUCAACAUGUAGAAACCGCCCCACCUCCUUGGGCCACACUUUUUGAUGGUAACCACAAAAUGGUCAUCGAGAAAAAGAUACUGUCUCCUGCAAGCGAACAGCCACCUGAUGGGAAAAGGAAAAAGAGACGGGCUCCUCUUCCUCCUUCUGAUAAACCUCCAUUCAGCUUAAAAGCACAGAGCAAUUCAGAGCAACAACCAGUGGAGAACAACUGGGGAAAAACAGAUGUAUCUCGGACUUCACCUUCAGAUGCCAAACUGUCAACCCCGAUGCACCACAUACAGAAACCCAUGGCUGCACCUCGAAAACUACUUCCUGCCAGGAGAAACAGCCUUACUGAUAGUGAGCACACAGACACUCAGACCGGCUGUGAAGCCAAGCCAGUGCCAGCCCCACGGCAGAAAUCCAUCAAAGACAUUUUGGACCCCAGAUCGUGGUUGCCAGUAUAGAAAACCUUUAAUGCACGUAGCGUCUAAAAACAUCUCUAACUGUGAGGUUUAAUUCCGGGAUGUCACAAACGUAGUAUUGUGUGAAGGUAGAGGUAAAUAUGAUAGUGGUUCACAUAAAUAAUUAAUAAGCUCUUAGGUGUUGAAAGGCAUUUUAUAUUGAAGAAAAGGCUUUUUCUUUUCUUCUGAUUUCAGAAUAUGAGUGAUUUUCCCUGCAGAGGGCAAGAGGCAGUUUGUAGACAAUAAUCUAAUUGUUGGAAGGGUUAAUUUAUUCCUAAAUUAGUACCAGGCAGUGAAUAAGCACUAGGCAGAAGAAAGCAUUAAAAUUUCUUUGGGGGAGAGAUUGUCUAGUAAUUUAAAAUGUGUUAAAUGUGAGCCAUAUUCUCAUUGUGAGAAUUUUAAUACUAAUGGAAUGUUUCAAAGGUUUUAUUCAAACCACAAAUUAUAGAAUCCGCCCAAGAAAAUUUUCUUCUUAGCAUUCUGGAAUUGUCGUCUCAUGGUUCACUGGCUCUGUUCUAUUGUUUAACUCACUAGUUUAUAGGCCCGACCUUUUAAAUUCUUGGGAUAAAUUUUGGAAUAUUAAAUUCUUCAUCUUUAAAGGGAACUUGUAAUGUGCUAUUCAUAGUUGUUCCCUUGAUGAGCCCUGAAAUCCUAUUGACAUGAACUCUCAUAAGUGAAGCAUAACAUCCAUUAGUUUAGGCAAACGGUACUGAAAUGGCCUUAACAUCUAAUUUUCAGUAUGUGGCGCUAAUCUUCACUAUGACUUUGGAAUUCCGGGAAGUGAGUAGCUCAUUAACACUUUAAAAUUUAUCUAAGAUUUAUUUAAAAAGCAGAUGGCAGAUUCAAAAAUAUCAGGAAAAUUUGCCCCUGUAAAAAUAUUCAGAAUUAAUCCUUUUAGAAAUUUUAAUCAGUUUUCCUUUUUCUAGUAAUAAGAGUUGAUGAUGUCUUCUAUUGACAUUCCUCAUAAAAAGUUAUAUUUUUACAAUAAUGACAUUGGAAUCAUUUCCAUAAGAGGUAAUUUCUAUACAGUUAAUCAUAGUGACCCAAAUAGAAUUAUGAAAUCAAGUACAAAAUGAGUUAGUUUCUUAAACAAAAAAAGAUCAAUUUUUAAAAAAUAAUUAUGCUUCUUAUAAACAAGAACAGAAAAGGUGAAUUUUCAGAUAAAACAGUAAGACAGUUUCCAUAAGGUGUCAGUAAUAGCACUAAAAAUCUCCAAUCACAGUGUACCCUAUUGCAAGAAAUAAAAAUAUAAGAAUUAAAUUGCUAUCCAGUCUCUAAUCUCCAGAGAUCUUUUUAAAAGCUAGCGAGAACUCUACUUGGAUCAGAACUACGUUAUUACAAAAUAAAAUGAACACUUGACCGACAAAAAAAAAAAAACAAAAAAAACACAUUCAUUUAAAUGGAGGCUUUGUUAUUUCUAGAUAGCAGAGUCUUUUUUCAUUUAUGGAGAGUGAUGUAACUGCCAGGUUACUUUUGUGUUUGCCCAGUGCUCCUAGGAAGAAGUGGAGCUCUAGGGAGUAAUGAUACAAAAGGUCUCCUGUGACUGGCCACACCAGGACAGACAUAGUGUUUGGUAAAAAGAAAACACUAUAUGCUUGCCUGAUGGAAUUUAGAAGCAGUCCCAUGUACAAAAACCUGAACACCAAAGCAAAACAAACCAAAAUAAGAUUGAUUU